AUCAGGGUUUUACCAUUGGCUUGGAAAUGUUUUACAAACUGAUAAUAUAGCUCUAUAUCUAGCUUAUCACUUCAAGAAAUUGGAUCAGGUUUCAAAUAUUGGUACUGAAAAUAUGAAUAAAUCUUUUUACACUUUAUUAGCCGAUCCAAGAUGGGAAGUCAGAUUUGGUCUAGAUUUAAAACUUGAAGAUUCUUUAGCAGUUUGUUUAGUAGAUCAAUAUUUUACUAGAACUCCAAUAGGUGUCACUGCAAAAAAUUUGGCUCAAAAAAUAACAUUACUCAUAAACAAGCUGAUGACUGAAGCUGCUGGGUGUUUUUUUAAUAAGAUAACACCAGUUGAAGUCAAAACAAAAAAAGGCCCUGUAUUAUUUUCUAGAGAUGAGCAUCCACGUACACAAACAACUAUCCAAACAUUAUCUAAACAACCUUCUGUAUUUGUUAAAGAUACUAGUGUAGUAACGGUGGGUAAUGCAUCAGGUAUUAGUGAUAGUACAGGGGCAAUUAUUGUAGCUAGUAAAGAUGCUAUAAAAGAACAUGAAAUAGUUCCUUUAGCAUGUAUUGUUAGUUACUCUGUAACUGGUGUAGAACCUACUAUUAUAGGAAUAGGUCCUGUACCGGCAAUUAAAGAAGCAUUAAAAAGAGCCAAUCUUAAACUUUCAGAUAUUGGGCUAGUAGAAAUUAAUGAGGUCUUUGCUCCUCAAUAUUUAUCUGUAAAAAAGAAAUUGGGAUUUGAUUAUAAUAUUACUAAUGCUAAUAGUGAUCUUUCAAAUUUGUUUACUUCUUAG